ACCAACUUCAUCUUAGUCGACAAAAUCUGGCCGUCAAUAUUAGAAGGGCGAUUGACAACAAGAUUAAAAUCCAUGGCGGUUUGGAAGUCUUCAAAUUUGGAAAUUUUAAAGAACCGAGUCAAUGAUCCGUUCACCAGCACUAAUUGCACGAUCUGCUCGAUUGUAAUAUCCAUAUGCGAUUUUGAGUGGGCAUACAUGAUCAAGUAUGAUACUGUGCACGGGAAAUGGAAAAACCAUGAAUUGAAGGUCCUUGAUGAAAAGACAGACCCUUCUAUUUAGAGAGAAGGCUGUUAAAGUGCUUGGAUUGAGGAACCCAGAAGAAAUUUCAUGGGCUGAAGCUGGUGCUCAAAUUGUGGUUGAAUCUACUGGAGUGCUCCCUGAUAAGGAUAAGGCUGCUGAUCACUUGAAGAUAUACCAUCUUUGGUGAUGGCUUCCAGAUGGAGGGCAUUUCAAACGAGGCUUGUUCCCUUGCUGGGCACUGGGGACUUGGAAAACUAAUCGCUUUUUAUGAUGACAACCAUAUCUCCAUUGAUGGUGAUACUGAAAUUGCUUUCACAGAGGAUGUUUCCGCUCGGUUUGAGGCUCUGGGAUGGCAUGUCAUCUGGGUAAAGAACGGUAACUCGGGAUAUGAUGACAUCCGGGCUGCCAUUAAGGAAGCAAAGGCUGUCAAGGACAAGCCCACUUUGAUCAAGGUGACAACAACCAUUGGGUUUGGCUCACCAAACAAAGCAAACACUUGGAGUGUUCAUGGAAGUGCACUGGGAGCUAAAGAAGUUCAUGGAAGUGCACUACUGGGAUGGCCCCUUUGAGCCUUUCCAUGUACCUGAGGAUGUGAAGAGUCAUUGGAGCCGCCAUGUCCCAGAGGGUGCAGCACUUGAAGCUGAAUGGAACGCCAAAUUUAGCAAAUAUGAGAAGAGAUAUCCAGAAGAAGCUGCAGAUUUGAAGGCCAUCAUCUCUGGCGAACUUCCUGCUGGUUGGGAGUAAGCACCUCCGGUGAGUCCUCUUGUUUGGGAUAAUUGCCCUACACUCCCCAGGGCUCAUCCCUUAUUGUGCCACCUUCUUUGUGUUCACUGACUACAUGAGACCCGCCAGGGUCAUUUACGUCAUGACGGCCUUACCCGGGGCCAGGGUCAUUUACGUCAGAUUUGAAGAAGAUGGGCCCAUGCAUCGGCCGAUCAAGCACUUUUAUGUUCCACUUGAUAAACUCUCUCUGAAAAAAUCUUAGGCAUUUGAUACUUUGAAUUCACGGAAAUCAAGUUAAGUGUUUAAA